AUGACAGAGAUCGGCGAGGACGCUGACUCGCAAUAUCUCAGUACAUGGAGCAGGAAGCUGCUGCGAUUUGGGGUAGAGGCCAGAGGAAUCCGUCCUGUCCCAGUGGACGAACGUACGGACACGCAGUUCAGCAAAAUAUUCUUCAUCUGGCUGUCGUCCAAUUUCAACAUCCUCUCAUUCUCUGCAGGGACCCUAGGACCCGCUGUGUACGGCCUAAGCCUUAGAGAUUCGUGUCUCGUGAUUCUGUUCUUCAACCUUCUUUGUGCUGCCUUACCCGCGUACCUGUCAACAUGGGGCCCUAGACUCGGCCUACGGCAGAUGUGUCAAGCCCGCUACAGCUUCGGCUACUUUGGCGUCAUCUUGCCUUGUAUUCUGAAUUUGGUGGGGAUGACCGGUUUUUGUAUCAUAAACGGGAUUCUCGGAGGACAGACAAUAUCUGCUGUAUCAAAUGGACAUGUUAGUUGGACUGUUGGAAUCGUUGUGAUUACCAUCGUAUCAUUAUUAAUAUCUUUUUGCGGUUAUAAAGUACUCAAUUGGUACGAACGAGUAUGCUGGAUACCCGUCCUUAUUGUAUACGUCGUAGGCCUGGGCGUCGGCGGACACCACCUCUCAAACCCGCCACCAGCUGAGCCCGCUACGGUUGUCUCGAUCCUGUCAUUUGCGUCGACCAUCGCCGGAUUUGUGAUCACUUACGCUCCGCUAGGCUCGGACUUUACUAUAUACAUGAAGUCCACGGUACCUAGUUGGAAGAUAUUCUCAUGGGCCUACGCGGGUUUUCUCCUCCCCAUCGUCUCUGUUCAGUGUUUAGGUGCAGCAGUUGCCAAUGUCGCCCCGCUCGUGCCGUCCUGGGAGGCCGGCUACGCAGACGGUAACGUCGGAGGGCUCCUGCAAGCCAUGCUCGCACCCACAGGCGGCUUCGGCAAAUUCCUUACCGUACUCCUCAGCCUCAGCGUCACCGCAAACAUGGCCAUGACCAUGUACUCCUUCUGCCUCAACGUGCAGGUGUUCGUGCCCUUCCUCGUCGCCCUCCCGCGCUACGUCUUCUCGCUCGUCGCAACUGCUAUAAUCAUUCCCCUUGCCAUCGUCGGCUCCCACCGCUUCUACUCAACUCUCUCCAACUUCCUUGGCAUCAUCGGCUACUGGGCCUCCGCCUUCGGCGCUAUCAUCCUCCUCGAGCACUUCCUGUUUCGCCGCGGCUCGUUCCCCGCGUACGACCUGCGCCAGUGGAACACCCCGCGGCAGCUCCCGCUUGGGGUCGCAGCGCUCGCGGCAGGUAUCAUGUCGUUUGGCCUGGUGAUCCCGUGCAUGAACCAGGUGUGGUUCGUGGGGCCGAUCGCGGAGAAGACGGGGGACAUCGGGUUCGAGGUCGCAUUUGCGGUGACAGGGUUGUUGUAUAUACCGUUCAGAUGGAUUGAGUUGAGAGUGUGGGGGGCCUAG